AUGAUUGCACUUAAUGAGAGCCCCUACAGAGUUGAGUCGGAGCUUUGUUCCAACCCUGAUCUGUUUGUAGGGGGUGCCAGCAGAUUUGAUGUUCAGCAAGGAGAAUUGGGUGAUUGCUGGCUUCUGGCUGCCAUUGCAUCACUGUCUUUGAACAAAGAACUCCUCCACAAGGUGGUACCACCAAAUCAGUCUUUUGCUGAUGGAGAAUAUGCAGGAAUAUUUGUGUUCAAGUUUUGGCGUUUUGGCAAAUGGGUGGAUGUGGUGGUUGAUGAUCGUCUUCCAACUUAUAAUAACCGCCUUGUCUUUAUGCACUCUGCUGACAGUAAUGAGUUCUGGUCUGCCAUGCUGGAGAAGGCUUAUGCCAAGCUAUGUGGUUCUUAUGAGGCACUCAAGGGAGGUUCAACAUGUGAGGCUAUGGAGGACUUCACAGGGGGUGUCACUGAGAUGUUUGAUUUGAGGCAGCCCCAGCCACCAAAUCUCUUCCAGAUAAUGCAGAAGGCCUUCGAAAGAAGUUCUCUCAUGGGGUGCUCAAUUGAGGCUAGUCCACAUCAGCUGGAGGCAGAACUCUCCAAUGGCCUUAUCAUGGGACAUGCAUACAGCAUAACAAGUGUCAAGAUGGUGGACAUUAAGACUCCACGUAUGGCUGGUAAGAUCCCUCUGAUCAGAAUUCGCAAUCCUUGGGGCAAUGAAGCUGAGUGGAAGGGUGCUUGGGGAGACAAAGAUCCGUCUAUCCAUAGUUGCAUACUGAUCAAAGAUACUUUUUGGACCAACCCCCAAUACAGAAUUUCAGUGACAGAUCCAGAUGAAGAUGAUGAUGACAACACAUGCACUAUUAUUGUUGGACUUAUGCAAAAGGAUAGGCGUAAGAAGAAGAAAGAGGGCUUAGAUCUUCUUACUGUUGGCUAUGCCAUCUAUCUGCUUAAAGAUCCAGACUGUGGACCCCUUGACUUGCGUUUCUUCAAGUACAAUGCAUCCUUUGCCAAGUCUCCUUCCUUUAUCAACAUGCGGGAAGUGUGUGGGCGCCACAAGCUGCCUCCUGGCUCUUACGCCAUCAUCCCUUCCACAUUUGAGCCCAAUCAGGAAGGGGAUUUCCUACUUAGAAUCUUCACAGAGAAAGCCAAUACAGCUGCGGGGAAAGGAGCAUAUCUUUACAAUACUCUAAAUCCCCACAAGUAUUUUAUCUACAUUAAUCAACAGUAUGUACACUCAUUUCCGUGGUCUGUUAACUUAUCUGAAGUUAGCACAUGUCACAGCACCCAAUGUGAGAUGAAACGGAGAUUUAUAGCAAAGAUUCCUACAGAUGUUAAUUAUGGCUGGUUUGGUGGAUAUAGAGGCUAUCCAGCCAACACAGCGUAUAGUGGUGACAGUGGGAGUACAUGGAGUUCAGGAACUCCAGGCCCCAAUCUUCAACCAGGAUAUCCUGCAGCUGGACCUGUUUACCCUGGGUAUCCUGCAGUCGGACCUACAAACUCUGGAUAUCCCCCACCAGGCCCAGGAUAUCCUACAGCAGGGCCAGGGUAUCCCCCAGCAGGCCCAGGGUAUCCCCCAGCAGGCCCAGGGUAUCCUGCAGCAGGCCCACCAUACUCAGGGUACCCAGCAGGAGGUCCCAUAUACCCAGGGUAUCCUGCCGUAGGACCGGACUAUCCAGGAUCGACAGGGUAUCCAGGCUACCCUCCCUAUCCUGUAACUUCCAACAAUUCAGGUGCCAUUGAUGAAAAGACUGGCAUAUCUGACGUACAGAAUGGCUUCCCGCAUAAACCAGGUGUAAGUGAUUCUCUACAGAGGGAGUGGGGUGUCAAAGCUUAUGGUUCUAAACCUCAGGUUCCUGUCACUCCACAAGAUGAACAGCAGACUCAGAAACUUCGGGAGACUUUCCAUCGUGUGGCUGGGGAGGAUAUGGAAAUCGAUGCUCAUGAACUGCGCGAUGUGCUUAAUGCGGCAUUUAUGAGAGAAUUUAAGUUUGAUGGCUUCAGUAUGGAAACUUGCCGCAGUAUGGUGGCCAUGAUGGACGUGGAUCAGUCAGGGAAACUUGGCUUUGAGGAGUUCCAGAAACUGUGGAAUGACCUAAGACUGUGGAAGAGUGUCUUCAAACAGUUUGACAAAGAUAUGAGUGGAACUCUGAAUUCCUAUGAGCUAAGGAAUGCUCUUAAUAAUGUUGGUAUGAGAGUAAGCAACCAGACUUUCAAUGCCUUGGUGAUGCGCUUUGCUGACAAACAUGGUGCAAUUUUCUUUGAUGAUUUCAUCUUGUGUGCUGUCCGUCUGAAGACUAUGUUUGACACCUUUACUAGUCUGGAUCCAAACAAAACAGGUGCAGCAACAUUCACUUUGGACCAGUUCAUCCAAACCACGAUGUAUUCGUAAGUGUAACCUGCUGACUGCAAUUGUAGGAGGAAAAAGAUUGGCUGAAGUCAAGUCAUAGUAUUUUCAGUGGUAGCAGCUUUCUGUACAUGGGACUUACAACACCUUAAAUUUUUAUGUCUUUAUUACGUGUUAUGGACUUCGAUAUUAGAUUACAGAAUUUUCUGUGAAUCUAGGGUUCAACUGCAUGAUGAUUUACAGUUUUGAAAAAGAAUAAUGGGAAUGUGUCUCUUUGACAGUUAGGUGUACCGUAUGUAAGUAUUUUUGAUGAAUAGGCAGGGAAUAUUGCAUAGUUAAUUUCAUAUCAUUUUCAGUGUUAACCUGAGACCCCAGUGUAAGACCAAUGGUAUGGGCUAAAAUGACCUAUUUUAUAAAUACGGUCAUGUUUUAUUUUAUUAUCCCAUACCUUAUCACUGAUUAGAUGUUUUUUGCUUACCUUUGUUAGAGAUUUUCUUCCUGAUACCUUUACAUGUUUGGACACAUUUUAUUCUGUUAAUCACACAAUGCAACUGUGAAAUAUUAAAGUGAAAUGUUCAUAAUACAAACAGCUGGCAGAAUUUAUAUGGAUUUUUCAUUCAAAGAAUUUCCCUUUUGAAAAAAAAAAAACUUUUCAGAUGGUAAUUUGUACUUGGUAUGUAUGUUCCGUGUGAUCUUUCACAGUCAGCUGCUUCACAUUUCACUGGUGAAACUGUUCUAGUCCUGUCUGCAACUUGCAAACAUUUGGAAGACAAACUAAUAUUUGCAACAUCGAGGAAAUAGGUGAAAUUCUCUGGAUAUUCUGACUUUUUUGGGAAUAUUCAUCUGACAGUAUAUAAAGAGCUCUGUUUUCUUAUUCUCUUAAUUAUCCUGCAGCUAUUAGAUUUUGUGACUUCACAUUGUCCUCAGAUCAUGUUUAUCAAAAGUGGUCUAGAUCUGUGAUUUGUGCAGUUUGACCCAUAUGCUUUCUGAGUAUAUGACAAAUAAUAAUAUUUAUGCUAUAGCCACAAUAUUGCCUGGUAUUAAAGAUCUUUUGAAAUACUUAUAUAUGUACAAAGAUAUUAUUUCUUUAUGGUAUAUUGUUUUUGUCAUACAGGUAUAGUAUAGCUGUUUCCUUAUGAUCACUAAGGCACAUUUUACACCUUUGUACCCUUGUUAACAUUUUCUUCCAUGAUGCAUCACUGCAUAGUGCCACCCAGUGGUUUUAAACAUGGAGUGCUUUCAAACUUGUUGCUGACUUCACACACACUCAAAUGGGUGUGCAGAACAAACAAAAUUUUGGAAAAGGCCUUUGUACAAUAAAGAAUGUUUCCUAAAAAAUUUGAUACGCUUUUUUUUUUGUUCAAGUGAGCAAUGUCUUAAUAUAUGAGGGCUUAUUUUUCCUUGUUCCUUUAAUAGUGAAAGAAACAACUGAAACUGUUUCAGUGUUAUUGUUUCUUUUGAAUAUGCUACUGGGGGUGCAGACUACAGGAGGUUAGCCACCCCUGUCUGAUUGGCUAGUCUAACACACUUGAUUACAGUGUACUUCAGGGAUAUUGUGAACAUUUUUGUAUCAUGUGCUUUUUUUUUAAAUUUGAACAGUGCUCAUUAAUUUUUCUCAAGUUAUUUUCCUGGGAAAUUUGGGUAUUAACAGUAUUUCACCUGUUUUAAUGUAUAUAACUACUGAUAAAUACAUACAGCCAACCUUCCACUGUUUGAGUUUUGUUACAUUUUGAAAGAUUUUUUCAUACAUUUUCACUUUCACAUUUCCCCCCCACUUGAACCUGUUUUUAACCUUAAUAUGAUUAAAUUAGAUUGGUAUGAUUCAAAAUAGCUGUCAUGUUUGAAUUGAUAGUUCAAGGUAUUGUAAUCUGGUCAGUGAAGGUAAUUUUUUCUCUUGCAUCAUUUUUGCAUAAUUUUUAUAAAGUGGUAUUUUUAUAUGUGGUGCCUCUAGUUUUUACAUGGAAAGUUAUGAUUCAACUGUAGUUUGUAAAGAAUGUUUACUGCUUUGACUACAUAGAUGGCUACAUAGAUUUAUUGUGUGCAUUUUAACAAUUGGUGAAACUUGAAAUUUUCUCUUAUUCCAAGCGUAUUGCCUUCCUCUGAAAAACGGACUUUCAAAACAAGAUUACCGAUUUAAAAUUAUUAACAAUGCAUCAACUUGUUUGCAUACAUCAUGUGAAACUCAACCUUGUGUAUGCAGAAGACCCUCAUUGUGUGUUGCAUUAUUUUUGUGGAUACUCCAUUCGUAUACCCUAUAUUAAUUAUGCUGCUGCUUGUAGCAGCUUUUCCUAGCCAGUUUAGAUUUCAAAUUUAUGUUUAAGAAUAUCAAUUACUACUCCUUUAUAAAAUUUGUUGUACCCCAAAUAUUGUGCUUUUAACAUAAUAAAGGGUAUCUUAAA